AUGAAUCCAGUUUUUGAAGAUCCUACUGCUAACGCUGUUUUGAAGUACAUCAGCCAGAUUCUUAUGGAAGAAGAGUCAGAGGAACAAACCUUUAUUCCAAGGGACUUCUCUCUUCGGGCUGCAGAAAGACCCUUUUCUGGUAUUCUUGCUCCGGAAGGUUCCUCAUCAGACGGUAAAGUAUCUGAUCCAAAUCAAACUAUAAAUAACGUUAGUACUUAUUGUUGCGAUGUUUAUGGCUGUAACAGCUCCAUGAAAGCUAACAACAUUGUUGCGUCUAGCUCCAUAUGCGACGGAGGACCUCCGCCAGUUAACUACACCGUCCCGUUCAGUUUGCAGGUCAAUCCACCUCCAUUUUUUCCACGAAGCGUUUUUCGAACUUUUCCUGGGCCGGUGGAUUCUGUAAAUGUAGCCCUCAAAGAGCGCCAAUUGGAGGUGCUGUUUAGGGGAGGGACAGACGAGACUUGGAAAUUCCGUCGACAGCCAAAUGAGAUGGUUGUUGAUUUUGCUAACAACAGAGUGACUCCAGUCAUGGCGAUCACAAAGGAAAGUAAUUUGGAUCACUCGGUUUGUGAGCUGAUGGAAAGGCAGAAUCAUUACAGAGUGGAAACUGAGUUACAACCGAGGAUAAAUAAACACACUUCAAUUUAUGCUGAAGAAGCUCAGCAAUUUGGAAUGUUUGCUGGGGUGUUUCCCUCUACUGGUGGAAAUGGCGAGCCUGCUGGUUUCAACCUUAAUGAAGCAUUUCAAAGUGGUCCAGGUAUGAUAUCUUAUCUAAAAGAACAACCAAGAGGAUCCAAUGAUGGAGUGAUCUGCAGGAAAAACGAAGUUAGGAAUAGGGAAUUGGUUGAUAUGAGGACUCUUCUGAUACACUCUGCAGAAGCUGUAGCCGUGAAUGAUCACAGGACUGCAACUGAACUAUUAACACAGAUUAGGCAGCACUCUACUCCUUUUGGAGAUGGAUACCAGAGGCUGGCCCAUUGCUUUGCCAACGCUCUAGAGAUUCGCAUAGCUGGAACUGGAAGCGAGGUCUAUGCAACUCUUGCUGCAAAAAGGGUGACAGCCGCAUGCAUAUUAAAAGCUGGCAGACUAUUUAUUUCAGCUUGCCCUUUCAUGAUUAUGUCGAAUUUCUUCGCAGCGCAAAAUAUCAUGGACCUAGCGGAAAACGCAACAAGGCUGCACAUCAUACAUUUUGGUAUUCUCUAUGGUUUCCCAUGGCCUUCCUUAAUUCAGCGUCUCUCAACAAGACCUAGUGGCCCUCCGGUGCUUCGCAUUACAGGGAUAGAGUUUUCCCAGACUGGUCGCGAGUCAGCAGCAGUACUUGAAGAUAUAGGACGGUACCUGGCAAGUUAUUGUGAGAAAUUUAAUGUCCCUUUCAAUUAUAAUGCGAUAUCACAAAAAUGGGAAAAUGUCCAACUCGAGGACCUCAAGAUCGACAGAGAUGAAGUAACUGUCGUUAGCAGUUUAUACAGGUUCCAGCACCUCCUUGAUGAGACGGUAGCCUUGAACUGUCAGCGGGAUGCCGUUCUUAACUUGAUUAAGAGGAUUAAUCCAGCCAUCUUCAUCCACGGGAUCAUUAACGGGGCUUACAAUUCUCCCUUCUUUGUUUCCCGUUUCCGGGAAGCCCUCUUCUACUACUCAUCAUUGUUUGAUAUGCUUGAAGCCAAUACGGCCCGUGAAGAUCCAGAGAGGAUGGUGUUUGAGCAAGAGGUAUUUGGAAAGGAGAUCCUGAAUGUCAUAUCAUGUGAAGGAUGGGACCGACUUGAAAGGCCAGAGAGAUACAAGCAGUGGCAGGCUAGGAACGCAAGGGCUGGGCUCAGGCAGCUCCCACUGAAAGAAGGGAUCAUGAAGCAAGUGAGAGAACAAGUGAAGUCUAGUUAUCACAAGGAUUUUCUGAUGGAUCAGGACGGCCAGUGGAUGCUUCAGGGAUGGAAAGGCAGAGUCCUAUCUGCCAUUUCCUGCUGGAAAUCUGCCUAAGUAGGACUUCCAUAAGCAAUUAAUCCAUCUUUACACAAUUGGAGUACUUCUAAAUCGCUAGCUAUCGCUAACUUGUUUCAGACAUAUGCAUAUU